AUUUCAUAAAUUCAAUUUAAUCAUUUAAAUUAUUCUUCAAUCAUAGACACUUCAAUCAUAUUGGCAACAUAUAUUUACAUUUUUUAUUCCCUGACUGGGUUGUUUGAUUCCUUAUGGGAACGCAUAUUAUAUACUUCAUCUACUGUGACUCAUGAAAUAUAAGAGGAUUCAUAAAGAAACAAGCAUGGUUGGAGAAAAAAAAUUCAAGCAGUUCAGCCAGCACUAUCGUAUACUAUAUUGUGAACUUGAGAGAAUGCAGUGAAACAGUUUUAAAAAUGCAAAUUUGCUUUUUUUUCUUAGAUAUAGACGAGCUCCAAACAUGGCUGCCGGGGUGAUUAGAAAUCUAAGUGACUUUCGGCUUGCCACAUCUUUCCAGCACACUUUCUACUGCCCAUUGGACAUUCAAGAUACUUUAAUAGAGGAUGAGGAGGAAGAAGAAGACGAGGAAGAGGAGGAGUGUUACGGGCAGGAAGGGGAUGAAGAGGGCAUAGUGGAGAGUCGGAAUCUAUCAUGUCAGACACAUGGAGGGGAGAAGGAGUGGACUGAGGAAGGCUCCACCUCCAUCAACACAGAGACUACCUAUCGCCUCCUUCGCUUCGUUGACCUCAUCAACAGUGACAUCCAGCGCUACUUUGGACGGAAAAAUCGAGAAGAGGACCCAGACGCCUGCGACAUUUAUGAAGACCGUACGUUUUUGGGGAAAUGCGGCCGUGAGCGCUACUAUGCUGACCUAGUUAAGAUGGCUCAGACAGGUGGGGGUAGUGGGGCAGCAGGCGGGGCAGGGCAAGAGGAGGACCAGGAGUCACCCCCUUCCCUGAAUCUUCCCUGUGAGACUAACUGCCAGGCGCUUGAGGAGAUUUGUAGCCAGGAGAAUGCCCAGCAGUUGGGGCCCUUAGCUGAGCUCUUUGACUACGGCCUGCGUAGGUACGUGGGCUCCAGUGGAGGAAGCAAGCAGGUCGAUCGUCAGAGAGUGGAUAGGAGACAUGGGCAUAUUCUUCCCAUGUGCAAACGCCGUCUGCCCUCUAGUUUCUGGACAGAACCCGCGCCCACCCAUUCUGUCUGUAUGCUCAGUACCUCCAACACCCCCGAUUUCAGUGACCUUCUAGCCAACUGGACCACCGAGAGUGGCCAAGAGCUGCAGGGUGGAGUCAGGGACUCCCCUCAUGAGUUGACUCGGCAGGCACUUGAGACUGAUUUCAACAUGGCAUAGCUGACUGGAGGCUUCACAAUGCAGCGGUCUACCCUGUCGAACAAUAAUCCAUUCAAACACAUAUUAGUCAGGUAAACCUGCAAUGGGAAGUUAUGACAAUCGGAAAAAGACAACCGAUCACCAAUUUUGAGAGCACAUAUAAGUAAAUAAAUAUGUUAAUCCCCCCACCCAUUGAGAUGUAUAUUGAUUUUGGCUAAAGCAUUGCCCAUUCCUGUUGUAAAUAUACUUUUUUGUAAAGAUAUACACAGUGUGCUGACAUUCCCUUCUUUGCUUUGGAAACUGUGCGAAACUGUACGAAAUGUGCAUAUAUUCUCUGUGUAACCUCCAAGUGAUGACAGAAAAUAAUUUACAUGUGGAAUGAUUACUAAUGAAUGUCAAAAAAACAACACACUAAAGUAUGUUCUGACUGUUUGAUAUGUACUAAAACAAAACGGCUGUUUUCUAUUUCUAUUAUAUACUGUAGGAUCUGUAAAAUAAAGACCUCUCUUUGGCUUUCUUUGAGAGCAAAAUCCAAAAAUUAAAAUGUCUGAUAUGUGCGAAAGAGGGGAUUCCCAACUAAAUGCACUCACAGCCUGGUUAAAAUAAAACAACUGAUAACUGUGCGAGAAGGAAUCUGAAAGCAUGUUCAGGGCACAAACAAAGGUGAGAUAGUCACAGGAAUUCCAGAGAGACCUGCAUUAUCCAGGUAGUGUGCUGUGAGAUGGCCAGGUAAAGGUUUUCUUGAGAAAGUGAUACCAGGUAAACAGCCCUCCAUUUAAAGGGAACA